UUUUUUCCUCCUCGCUUCGUUCUGUUAAACAGUUUUUACUUACUCGAGGUUCCUCCUUGGCCGGAAUAUUCCAGAUUUAUACGUACGGCGACACUCGUAUAUCUCCGAUGAUGGAAGACGGUUCGAUUCCGGCAGAGAACGGCUCCGAUGGCGAUGGAUCGGCUCUGAUAUUCCUGGGAACGGGAUGCUCGAGCGCGGUCCCUAACGCAAUGUGCUUGAUCCAGAAGUCCGAUUCUCCCUGCCACGUCUGCUCUCAGUCUCUUUCGAUCCCUCCCGAGAGAAACCCUAACUACAGGGGAAACACUUCACUGCUCAUUGAUUAUUGCUCAAGUGAUGGCAAUCAUAACUACAUUCAAAUCGACGUUGGCAAGACGUUCAGGGAACAAGUCCUUCGUUGGUUCACUCUUCACAACAUUCCUCAAGUUGAUUCUAUCAUUUUGACACAUGAGCAUGCUGAUGCGGUACUUGGCCUGGAUGAUAUACGUUCCGUGCAGCCGUUUAGUCCCACCAAUGAUAUAGAUCCUACUCCUAUUUUUGUUAGCCAAUAUGCUAUGGACAGCCUUGCUGUGAAGUUCCCGUAUUUGGUUCAGAAGAAACUUAAAGAAGGACAAGAAGUUAGGCGAGUGGCACAGCUGGAUUGGAGAGUCAUCGAGGAAGAUUGUGAGAAGCCUUUUGUAGCUUCAGGAUUAUUAUUCACGCCACUUCCAGUGAUGCAUGGAGAAGACUAUGUCUGUCUUGGUUUCCUUUUUGGAGAAAAAUCCAGAGUGGCGUAUAUAUCUGAUGUCUCACGCUUUCUUCCAAGCACUGAGUAUGUUAUAUCGAAAUCUGGGGGCGGACAGUUGGAUCUCCUUAUCUUGGAUACACUAUAUAAGGUGACACAGAUCAUCCUUAGGCUUAAUGAUCAAACAUUUUAUGAAUACUGUAUGCUGAUGUUUCCACACUCUUUCUCCAUCUUUCUUUUAUUUUGCCUGCAGACAGGAUCCCACAACACCCAUUUGUGUUUCCCGCAGACACUAGAGACAAUCAAAAGACUGGGUCCGAAAAGGGCUCUUUUAAUCGGAAUGACUCACGAGUUUGAUCACCACAAAGACAACGAGUUUCUUGAGGAAUGGUCUAAAAGGGAAGGGAUUUCAGUAAAACUUGCGCAUGAUGGCUUGAGAGUCCCUAUUGAUCUAUGAAGAGGCUGACCAUCUAAGUUAGAAGAUGAGGAUGCUUGUGUGGGUCUUCUUGUCUUACGAUACAGAGAAAGCUUCAUAUCAAGAUUAUCACUAAACGAUUUUUGUUUUGUUAUCUUAAGUUGGGAUUUUUUUUUGUGUAUUCGUUAAGUUAUAGUUUAGGAUUUAAACCUUGAUUAUUAUCUUUUGAUGAUUUUGUUUCAGAUAUACCUGUUAAAAUAAUAACUAAAGAAAGAAAACAGUUCAUCUUAAAAUUACUUUAUGCUUGAAA